UCAGAGAAGCCCCAGCCUCCCACCCGCGCACAACUCCUCUCCUCUCUGCACCAGAAAGGAGCAAUCUCAUCUCUCCUUGUCUUUUAUGUCCUCGCUCACUCUCUGUCAGUUAGUGUGUGUACUCAGAAUGAGGUUAGCAGCACCAGCAGCAGCAGUAGAUAGAGACAGCAGAGGCACAGUUACUGCAGCAGCCAGGAGAGGCUGUCCUUCAGCUGUGCACCAUCUACUGCUGCAUUCACCCCUGCCCUGAGAACACAACGCUCAUUCCUGUGCUCUAUCUCUCUGUUUCUUCCUGCUCCUUCUCUCACCUCUCCGAAUUCAUUUCUGGAAUUCGACACCCUCUCUUUCUCUGUAGCAGUGAUGGGGAGGACCACCACGUAGAGACCAAGAGGCAACAAAGGCAAAAGCAGAAGAGCAGUAAUGGGAAGCCACACAUGGAGCGGGUCUGGACUGCAGCCGUGGUGAGCCUGAGAGCUACAGGACCUGAGACCAUCAUCAUUGCCCUCCUCAGGACCUAACCACUUGGGCUGUCCAGCACCUGGAUGCUCCCCAUUUGUGAUUUGCCAUCCCCUUUCCUUCCCCUGUACCGUUGCUCUCUUUCCGGGACUUUAGUUUUCUUUUUUUUAGUGUCAUUUUUUGUCUGUUGAAAUUUGAAACAGAGGCAACACAUCCUUGGAUUUUUUUUUUUCUUUUUGUAAUAAUCUUUGUUCCUGAAGAAUUACUUGCAUUUUCUUCUUUUAUUUUAGUCAUUGUUGCCUGCUUGAAAUUAUUUUUAGAUUUUUUUUUAAAUCAGACUGAGCUCUGUUGUGCAAUUUUUCUUCAAUAAGCAAUAACAAACACUAAUCCAACUGACUUGAAAGCUGACACCAUGGGGGACAUGUCCAAUAGCGAUUUUUAUGCCAAGAACCAAAGAAAUGAGGGCAACCAUGCGGCUGGCUUUGGCUGCUCUGUUAUGGAGCUGCGAUCGUUGAUGGAGCUUCGUGGCACAGAGGCAGUGGUCAAGCUUCAAGAGGACUAUGGGGCAGUGGAAGGACUGUGCAAGCGAUUGAAAACCUCACCCACUGAAGGUCUUGCAGGUGUUCAAACGGAUCUGGACAAAAGAAGAGAACUAUUUGGUAAAAACCUGAUACCUCCAAAAAAGCCAAAAACAUUUCUACAGCUGGUAUGGGAAGCACUGCAGGAUGUCACCCUCAUCAUCCUGGAGGUCGCUGCUCUAAUAUCCCUGGGCCUCUCCUUUUACCACCCUCCUGGGCAGACCGGUGGAGAUGCAUGCGGUGCAGCAGCCGGUGGAGUGGAGGAUGAGGGUGAGGCAGAUGCAGGCUGGAUCGAAGGCGCUGCCAUCCUCUUGUCUGUAGUGUGUGUAGUUCUGGUGACGGCCUUCAACGACUGGUCGAAGGAGAAGCAGUUCCGUGGACUGCAGAGCCGCAUCGAGCAGGAGCAGAAGUUUCAGGUGGUCCGUGGAAGCCAGGUCAUACAGCUGCCGGUUUCUGACAUUGUAGUUGGGGACAUUGCACAGAUUAAAUACGGUGAUCUGCUUCCUGCUGAUGGAGUGCUGAUCCAGGGCAAUGACUUAAAAAUUGAUGAGUCAUCGCUGACUGGAGAAUCCGAUCACGUCAAGAAGUCCGCGGACAAGGACCCCAUGUUGUUAUCUGGGACCCAUGUUAUGGAGGGGUCAGGACGUAUGGUGGUGACUGCAGUCGGUGUCAACUCACAGACUGGGAUCAUCUUUACCCUUCUUGGGGCUGGUGUUGAGGAAGAGGAGAAGAAAGAGAAGAAAGGAGAGGCAGUGGAAGAUGGACAUCAGAACACAGACUGCUCCCAUCCCCCAAACCACCCCAUUGCAACUAUAGCCACGGAUGGGGCUGCAGGCAUUAAUGCCUCUGGCACUGCCAGCCUAAUUAAUGGUAAAAUGCAAGAUGGCAAUAUGGAGAGCAACCAGAUUAAAGUGAAGAAGCCGGAUGGAGCAGCUGCCAUGGAAAUGCAACCUCUGAAGAGUGCUGAAGGAGGGGAGGCCGACGAGAAGGAGCGGAAAAAGGUGUCAGCUCCAAAGAAAGAGAAGUCUGUACUCCAGGGGAAGCUGACCAAACUAGCUGUCCAGAUCGGCAAAGCAGGUUUGCUCAUGUCAGCCAUUACUGUAAUCAUCUUGGUCCUGUAUUUUGCCAUCAACAACUUUGUGUUGGAAAAGCGUCCUUGGAUGACAGAGUGUACUCCGAUCUACAUCCAGUACUUUGUGAAGUUUUUCAUCAUUGGUGUGACUGUGUUGGUGGUGGCUGUUCCAGAGGGCCUCCCACUGGCUGUGACCAUAUCCUUGGCCUACUCAGUCAAGAAAAUGAUGAAAGACAACAACCUUGUGCGUCACCUGGAUGCUUGUGAAACAAUGGGCAAUGCAACUGCCAUCUGCUCCGACAAGACAGGCACGCUAACCACCAACCGCAUGACAGCCGUGCAGUGUUAUGUAGGAGAUGUGCACUACAAAGAAAUUCCAGACCCUGGUGUAAUCCCACCCAAAUCCCUGGAUAUACUGAUCAAUGCCAUUUCUAUCAACAGCGCCUAUACAACAAAGAUACUGCCCCCAGAUAAGGAAGGUGGUCUACCCAAGCAAGUUGGAAACAAGACAGAAUGCGGACUCUUGGGAUUGGUCCUGGACCUGAAACGGGACUACCAGCCAAUAAGAAACCAGAUCCCAGAGGAGAAGCUUUAUAAAGUCUACACCUUCAACUCUGUCAGAAAAUCAAUGAGCACUGUAAUCAAACUUCCUGAAGGGAGCUUCCGAAUGUACAGCAAGGGAGCCUCUGAAAUUAUUCUCAAGAAAUGCAGUCACAUUCUGAAUGAAGUUGGUGAGCCCAGAGUUUUCCGGCCUAGAGACAAGGAUGAGAUGGUGAAGAAGGUGAUUGAGCCCAUGGCCUGUGACGGUCUAAGGACCAUCUGUGUGGCGUACCGUGACUUUGCCAGUGAUCCUGAGCCCAAAUGGGAUGAUGAGAACAACAUCCUCACUGACCUUACAGCCAUCUGCAUUGUGGGAAUCGAGGAUCCUGUCAGACCAGAGGUUCCCGAUGCUAUUCAGAAGUGUCAGCGUGCAGGCAUCACUGUACGCAUGGUGACAGGUGACAACAUUAACACGGCCAGAGCCAUAGCCAUCAAGUGUGGGAUCAUCCAUCCAGGAGAGGAUUUCCUCUGCAUUGAUGGCAAAGAGUUCAACCGGAGGAUCCGUAAUGAGAAAGGCGAGGUGGAACAGGAGCGUAUUGACAAGGUGUGGCCUAAACUCCGAGUCCUGGCCAGAUCAUCCCCAACAGAUAAACACACACUCGUCAAAGGAAUUAUUGACAGCACUAUGGCAGAUCAGAGGCAGGUGGUUGCUGUGACAGGAGAUGGCACCAACGAUGGACCUGCCUUGAAGAAAGCUGAUGUCGGGUUUGCAAUGGGUAUCGCUGGUACAGAUGUGGCUAAAGAAGCUUCAGACAUUAUUCUCACUGAUGACAACUUCAGCAGCAUCGUCAAGGCAGUGAUGUGGGGCAGGAAUGUGUAUGACAGCAUUUCCAAGUUUCUUCAGUUCCAACUCACUGUCAAUGUUGUGGCUGUCAUUGUUGCUUUCACUGGAGCCUGCAUCACACAGGACUCCCCACUUAAAGCAGUGCAGAUGUUGUGGGUUAACCUGAUUAUGGAUACUUUUGCAUCUCUGGCCUUGGCGACGGAGCCCCCCACAGAGGCCCUGCUGAGGAGAAAACCUUAUGGUCGCAAUAAGCCUCUUAUCUCCAGCACAAUGACCAAGAAUAUCCUGGGACAUGCCGUCUAUCAGCUCAUUCUCAUCUUUACACUCCUAUUUGCUGGUGAGAAAAUCUUUGACAUCGACAGUGGUCGUAACGCUCCUCUCCAUUCUCCUCCAUCCGAGCACUACACCAUCAUAUUCAACACGUUUGUAAUGAUGCAGCUGUUUAAUGAGAUAAAUGCUCGGAAAAUACACGGAGAGAGGAAUGUCUUUGAGGGAAUCUUCAGAAACCCAAUUUUCUGCUCCAUCGUUUUUGGCACAUUUGCUAUACAGAUUGUGAUUGUGCAGUUUGGAGGAAAGCCAUUCAGCUGCCAACCUCUGAGCCUGGAAAAGUGGUUGUGGUGUGUUUUUCUGGGGCUGGGAGAACUGGUCUGGGGACAGGUGAUUGCCACCAUACCCAACAGCCACCUGCGUUUCCUGCGUCGAGCGGGCCAGUUGACUCACAAAGAUGAGCUACCAGAGGAAGACGUAAAUGAAGAGAAUGAGGAGAUUGACCAUGCAGAGAGGGAGUUACGGAGAGGUCAAAUACUUUGGUUCAGAGGUUUAAACCGCAUCCAGACUCAGAUUCGAGUUGUGAAUGCAUUCCGUAGCUCCCUCUAUGAAGGCCUGGAAAAACCCGACUCCAGAACAUCCAUACACAACUUCAUGACACACCCUGAGUUUAGGAUAGACGACUCCACGCCUAGCAUCCCCCUCAUCGACGACACAGAUGAUGAUUCGGCCCGGAGGAGGACGAAGUUCUCCAGCCAGCCUUCGUCUCCUAACAAGAACAACAACGCCAUUGACAGUGGCAUCAACCUUACCAUCGACAUCAGUAAAUCUGCCGCCUCCUCCAGCCCCGCCAGCCCUCUCCACAGCCUGGAGACCAGCCUCUAACCCCCGUCCAGAACGCCGCAGUGACCGCUCACAUUGUUCCCUCAUGGCCCGGGAGCACCUCGUCCAGCUCUCCCACACCAUAAUUUGUUACUUCUCCCACUACUUGCGACAUGGCCACUCAGAUCUCGCCUUCCCCUCCACCCAGCGCACCAUGUUUCACCACCGACACAGAUCUGGUCCAUCUCCCUCUUGUAAGCUAAAGCCAAUAAUGCUCUCGCAUCCGUUCAACAUCGAGCGAAUCUUUGUGAAAUGACAAGGAUCAAAAGAAAAACACAAUCCAAAAAGCUCCGCAAAGCUACAUGACCUACACAGCCAUCCUGCUUUUGUGGUUGCAUGUGUAUGGUGGCAGCCUUGAUGGUGUGUAUGACACUAUGCUUGUACCGGUUAGCAUGUACUGUAUAAACGUGCAGCUGACUGCACGUUGCGUAUGAACUGUGUCCACAGUGAUACCUGGAGGAGGACGAGGAGGAGGGAGACUGCCGAGGAGUGCAGAGUGCAAACAGACUUUAUACUCUCCUUAAACUCCUUCUCUUCAAUAAUAACAUUGUUAACAGAGAUACAGUAAUAGUUUAAAUUAAAUUAAAAACCGUUGUUAUUAUUCUGAGUCUGAUUAUUCUUGUUAUUAUUCUUAUUGAUCCUGCAUGAAUGUACAUUACCCAAGUUUUAUUUAAAAAGGGUUUUAAUUUUAUUGGAGUUGUUUGGUUCUGAUGGGCUGAGCAAACACAGCGGACUAUACAUGUAAAGAAAGCUUCUCUGAGUCCUCCCUCCAUCCUCUGUGUGGCAUGAACAUGUACCGGACUCUGAAAUAAUUUUUUAAAAAAUGACAUCCAUAAGCAGAAAUGUGUAUCGAGGUGGUAGGGCUGAAAUUGCACAGUAGUUUUGCACCUGAUGAAAAAGAGAAAUGCAAAAUAAUAAUAAUGAUGAUGAUAGUAUUUAUGGGAUAUAUUCUAUACAUAUAAAUUCAUAAAAUCUAUUUAGAGAGAGUUUAUCUUUGUUUGUUGGCAUGUUGCCUUGUUUCCGCUUCAAUGGCUUAAAUUACUUUGACUUAUUUAUGUCUUAAACAGAAUGUAAUUGUUUACAACCUCGUAGAGAUGAAUUUCCUGGUUUCUUAGAGGAGGCGAGCUCAGAAUUUUGUUGCUGUGUUAUUACGGGAAAAACCAUGUGCUGAAACUUGCCUGCUAUAUUGUCAAAUAAUGUAGAUAUUUUUAGAGAAUAAACAACGAGAAGAAACCAAAAUAUAAUGGGAUGCAUAGUACAGUACAUGUGGAAUCUUAGUAUUACUCUUUAUGAUUGUUGGGAUCAAAUAAGAGCGGCUUGCCUUUGGUUUUUCCUAACGAAGGCCUCCUUUUUAUGACAGAGGAGGAUUUUUGAUUUGAUUAGAUUUUUUUUUCAUUAUUAAUUUUGGUUUAUUUUUGCUUUGCUUUAAUGCUGACCUGGAGUCAGUGCUUGUGUAAAAGGUUGAUAUCAGGACCUUUUUAUUUAACUGUUGUCUAGGUAAACCUGCUUGUUCAAAGGACUUGAUGUUUUAAAGAUGUAUGUGACCAUCAAAAGGCUGCAAUCCAGUCAUUUUUAGAAAUUUGUUUCAAACUUGCAAUAUAUAUUGUGCUGAUAUUUUCUAAUUUAUUUUAGAUUUUUUUUUUUUAAGUUUCUUUUCAUCUAGACACAAGCAGCCCCUAAAUCCUGUUGGCAUUUUUAACAUCUAAAGAAAAAGGAAAAACUGACAAAAAAACAAAACAAAAUUAAUAACAAAAAUGGAAUGUUGCUUUGACUCUUUUUCUAUAUAUAUAUACAUAAAAAAGAUUUCCUGCACUAUCUGGUUAUGAAUGAAAACUUCUGUGGUGUAACUCUAGAUGUGCUUUUGUGUGUUUUAACCAAGCUUGUCUUCCUGCCGUCACAGAAUAUACAGUACUCUUAGCAUCUCAACUGUACUCACUAGUUGUAAACUAUUUAUCGUACUUUGACCAAUCAGACAUUAUCAGAAGUCGCAUAGAGAAGGCACAUUUAUCCAUUUUUUUGCACUCAGAAGGACAAGGCCACUUAACUAGCCUCUAGUAUUAUUACUCUACCUAACCGAAGUCAGUGGCAAGCAUGAUGUCAUAAAGUAGGCUCAUUAUGCAACUUGAAGAACUUUUUUUUUUCGUUUUAAACAUAAAUUAAAAACUAUUCUGUAGACGAUGUAAACAAUCAUUUCUCUGAGCAGCUUAAUCUUUUGUUUGUUUGUUUGUUUGUUUUUGCAUCCUCCUCCUCCUCUGUCAUUGUUCACCCAAUCCAUUUAUCUGAAGAGGGUGCACAAGCUUUACUGGUCAGCUCAGGCAUGUCAAAAAACAUCGAAAUAAAAUCUGUCUUAUUUAAUUGGAAAGAAAACAGUCUGGGUUCUGAUAUUUACCUUAGAAGUUCUUAAUUUAUUUUAUUAUUUUUUUUCUGGUGUUUGCCUUUUUUUUGUCUAAAAAUUUAAAACAAUAAACAAAACAAAGAAAUAAAAAAUAAAAAAACCCAUAGAUAUAGCAUUUUUCGUAUAUAAAAAAAGACUUAAGCCAACAUUCUCGAACCAUUUUUACAUCGAGGAGGACUUUCAGCUUUAAGAAACUGAAGUUAAACUGAUUCUUGUAAAUAGAGUUAUGAGUCCACUGAGGACAGAAAUGUUGAAAACAUGAACUCCUCCUGAUUACAUCAUGCAACUCAAUGAGUCAUACUGAUGACGCGGCACUUUGGCUGUUUGUAAUCAAUCACCGCUCCUGUCAGAGACGCAUCCAAAUCAUAAUGUGUUGUAACAACCUCUCAUUAUGUUUAUGAUGACACCCAUCAUGAUGAUGAUGAUGAUAUCAAUGAUACUUUUUUGCAAUAUACUCACCUGCCUCGAUGUACUGUAUUUAGCAGCAUGCAGUUUGUGGAACAAAGAAAAAGAGAAAUGCCAACAGAUAGCUUUUUGGCAUACUUAGCCAUUCAUGGGUAAGUGAAUUAAGUGUUCAUCUUGUUUUUAUGAUAUUUUUUUUAACUAUACAAUAAUUGUAAAUAAAGAACUCAAUGUCUUUGUUCAUUUAAUACUAUGCAAAAAGUCAUGCUUUUCCGGUUGUUAAUCCCCUCAGUUGUAGAGUGUGUUGCUGGAAUGUUUGUGGUUUCAAAACUCAGUAAAAAUAAUGUGAUGUAAAUUAUUUUUUAGCCUGACGAAAAGUAAAAAUGAUGCCGUAUACAACAGAAUACGGUGAAAAGGAUUUUAUAGUGGUGAUGACUAUGAUGAUGGACUGUGACUCCUGCUGCUUGACUGACCCAUUUAUCACUCUACUUACAGGAGCACUAUUGCAAACAUAACCAUCAUAUUACUAACGGUAAUAAAAAGAAAAAGAAAUCUCAUUUAAUAAAUUUCCCAGAGCAGCAUGA